UGAGCACUCAGAGGACGCCCCCGGUCCCGCUAGCGCCGGUGCCCGACGCCCCGGUGUGGGACGUGUCCCAGUUCUGCCUGGUGGACGGGCACCUGGUCCUGGUGGGCAGGGACGAGGAGGCUUCCCACCGGGGCAGGAACCGCGCCGGGAGCUCCAACUCUGAGGGCACCAACUCAUUCCUCAUUGACCUUGGGGUGGCCGAGCUGGACCGGUUCGACGAGCGGGAGGCCCUGAUCUUCCGCGAGAACACCUUGGCCACCAAGGCCAUCGACGAGUACAUGAAGCUGGUGGGGGGCAAGUACCUCCAGGACACGCUGGGGGAGGUGGUGGCCCGGCUGUGCAGCUCAGACGAGAGCUGCGAGGUGGAUCCCAGCAAAUGCUCCGGCCCCGACCUCUCCACUCACCAGAAGAACCUGCGGCAGGUCUGCGAGGAGACCUUCUGGCGCAUCGCCCACAACUGCGACGCCUUCCCGGCGGAGCUGGGCGAGGUGUUCACGGCGUGGCAGGAGGAGUGCACGGCGCGGGGCAAGGCGGCCCUGGGGCAGCGCCUGGUGUCGGCCUCGCUCUUCCUGCGGUUCCUCUGCCCCGCCAUCAUGUCCCCGAGCCUCUUCGGCCUCGUCCAGGAGUACCCCGGCGAGGCCACCGCCCGCACCCUCACCCUCGUGGCCAAGGUCAUCCAGAACUUGGCCAACUUCACCACGUUUGGUGAGAAGGAGGCCUACAUGGGCUUCAUGAACGAGUUCCUGGAGCGCCACUGGAGCCCCAUGGCAGAGUUCCUGCAGAGCGUGGCCAGCCCCGAGAGCAGCGCCCACAUGGCCACCUACGAUGGCUACGUGGACCUGGCCCUGGAGCUGGCCACGCUCCACCUGCUGCUCUGUGACAUCUUCUCCAGCCUGGACCAG